AUGACUAAUUUUACACCACGUGAAAACAUAUGUAUCAUCAUAUUUAUUCCAGAAAAACUUUGUGAGCAAACAAUUAAUCUUUCUUCUUUUUCUUCAACACAAAUAAAUAUACGAAUAAAGAAAGACAGCGGAUUUGGAUCUAAAAAAUGGAUCUUUUCCAAUGACGAAGGAAGUGUUGAGCAAGGAGAUUAUCCCUUAUGGGCUUCGGAUCCUUCUAAUUAUGAUUGCGGAGUGGCCGAAAUAGAAGAAUUCAAUGUGACACCAUAUUCAUGCGGACAGAAUGCAGUAGUUCUUUGUGAAAAAGAUAAAGACAAGAUGCCUUGUCGCCAUGACAAUUACCGCUACAUAGACUAUCACGGGAAAUGCCUAUAUUUGUAUCCUCAACAAGAGAGCUAUAACGGUGCUCUGCAUGUGUGCUUAGAUGGCCAUGUCUUUCCUUACAAAGAUGUAGACUCGAGAAAGAGCGUGGCGUCGGCAAUUUUGUCUUCAACAACAAUUGAUGGAGGAGUAUUUAUAGGAUUAAAGAAAGAAGAUGAUGGUUCGUGGAAAUACUAUGAUGGGAUCGAAGAAAAAGAAAGAUGGAGUGGAAAUGAGAAAGAAUGGGACUGCGGAAUGAUAGCUUUUGAAGAGGAUCAUUCUUUCGGCUUAUUUACAUUCAGCUGUAAUGAUGAAACUCGAAUUAUGUGUGAGUAUAAGGGUAAGUUUCAAACAAUCGGUUCUUUAUAGCCUACUUGUCUGAUACCUAUUUCGAAAUCUAAAAACGAGAUUUUUACAGUUAUUAGAA